GAAGACCGUACAAUUCUUCUUCGUCCAAGGGUUCCUCACAGAGAGAGAGAAAUAGAGAGAGAGAGAGAGAGAGAGAGAGAGAGAAAGAUGCAGAGUUUGAGGCGGGUGAUACCCGAAGCGUCUUUGAGCCGAGCAGCUUCGAUUCUCGGUGCACAGCUUUCGAGGCACCAAGAGAAGCUCUCUGUGCUUCCUUCACAGCAUUUAGCUCAAAGGUCGUCCAAUCGCUUCCUCGACAUUUACCAGCUCGGAAACAAAGCGGCAAUUGAGAAAGAGCGUGCUCGGCUCGCAGAUGAGAUGAACAGGGGAUACUUUGCGGAUCUUUCAGAGCUCAAGCAGCAUGGUGGUAAGAUCGCAAUGGCAAAUAAAAUUGUAAUUCCUGCAAUAGCGGCCAUGAAGUUUCCUGAUAGAGAAGUGACCUACUCCAAUGGUAUAACAUUGAAGCUGCCCAUUACUUCUAAUGGAGAUAUGGUUGCUGCUGACAAAGCAGCUAUUCCAAAAGUAACUUUGCUAUGUCUUUCAUUCCGAGCAAACUCCCAGGCAAUGAUUGAUUCUUGGAGUGGACAUUUUCUUGAUGCUUACAGUAAUUCAAAAGAUGUUCAGCUAUAUCAGGUGUCAUUUAUAGACUCGUGGUUCUUGUCCUGGAGCCCUAUUAAGCAGCUGCUUCUUCGGAUAAUGAAGAAACCUAAUCAUGGAGGGAAGGGUGCACUUCAGAAGCAGAUGGUGUAUUCAUUUGGUGACCAUUAUUACUUCCGGAAGGAACUAAAAAUUCUAAACCUUCUUACCGGUUAUACUUUUCUGCUUGACAAAUUUGGUAGAAUAAGAUGGCAAGGCUUUGGAUUGGCAACGCAGGAUGAGUUGUCAUCCCUUCGUUCUUGUACAUCUCUUCUUUUGGAAGAGAAAUGAGUGAUAUUGGCUUUCUUGGGAAAAGCAGGUGAGGAGAAUUGUUUUGGUGGCAGUUAUAAUAAAAGCCUGUUGACCCUGUGGCCUGGGAUUUCGGAUCUGAAAGGGGCCUCUGUUUUGUUCCUGUGAGACCUGUAAAAUAACUUUUGGAAGAGCAAUCAAUGUAGUCGUAGAAUAACUUUCAGCUCUGAGAAUAUAAGAAAAAAGUUUCUGCAAUAUUUACAGAAUGUGUAGGUUCUUUAAACGAAAUAGUUCUUUUUUCUCAGUCUUCUUCUAAAAAAAACAUGGAAUAUAACAGUUUCUUGUAUCUUAUUUGGAAGUUUUGUAUUAGAUUACAUGCAUUAUCAUGUUGGAAAUGA